GCCGCAGGUUUUCACUUCCUUCUUGUCAGAGCUGUAUCCGGGUCGUUCUUCCUAUUGUCUCUGACAGUCAGCCUCCGACUGUGGAAACCCUGGGUCUUUUGUUGUUUCUGGUGUAGGCUAAUAAAGUGAUCUUUUUAUUUCUGGUUUUUACCCGGGCAGUUCCCCUCGCAGGGAGGCCGGGUCGGGCCUGGCGCCUCCGGCCGGGGAGCGCGGGGGAAGGGGCGCCGGGCGGGCGCGGGGCGGGGGGAGGGACGGUGACCCGCCCCCGGGGUCGCCCCUGCUCGGUCGGCGCACCGACCCGCUUAAGUAGCUGCUCUCGGACUUGACUCCUUGACCCUCUGCGCGUCCCUCCUCAGCCUCUCUCUAGGUCUCCAAACGACCACCUCACGGACUCCUUAUGGAUCGCAGCUCCAAGAGGAGGCAGGUGAAGCCUUUGGCCGCUUCUCUUCUGGAAGCUCUUGAUUAUGAUAGUUCAGAUGACAGUGAUUUUAAAGUUGGAGAUGCUUCAGAUUCUGAAGGGAGUGGUAAUGGAAGUGAAGACCCUUCAAAGGACAGUGGAGAAGGCUCCUGUAGUGAUUCUGAGGAAAACAUUUUAGAAGAACUGAGUGAAGAUAUUAAAGUAAAAGAAGAACAGCUUAAAAACCCUACAGAGGAGGAAAUAGUGUCAUCAGACAAACAGUUAAUUAAAAUGGAAAAGAAGGAAGAAGAAAAUGGUGAAAGACCUAGGAAGAAAAAGGAGAAAGACAAGGAAAGAGAGAAGGACAAAGAAAAAGCAACAGUAUCUGAUAGUGCAGCAGCUUCUGCUGCUGCCACCACACCAGCCACAAGUCCUCCUGCUGUUACCUCCCCUUCUGUCCCCACCACCACCACCACCACGGAGGAACAAGUCAGUGAGCCUAAGAAAUGGAACCUUCGUCGAAACCGGCCCCUUUUGGACUUUGUAUCCAUGGAAGAGUUGAAUGAUAUGGAUGACUAUGACAGUGAGGACGACAAUGAUUGGAGACCUACUAUAGUAAAGAGAAAGGGGAGAUCGGCAUCUCAGAAGGAGGGCAGUGAUGGAGACAAUGAGGACGAUGAAGACGAGGGAAGUGGGAGUGAUGAUGAUGAGAAUGAUGAGGGCCAUGAUGAAGAGCAUAGCAGCCCUGCUAGUGAAGCAGGUUGCAAGAAGAAGAAAAGUAAAGCUCUUAGCAGAAACAGUGCUGACGAUGAGGAACUGACCAAUGAUAGCCUGAGCCUAUCCCAAAGCAAGAGUAAUGAGGACUCGCUGAUUCUUGAGAAGAGUCAAAACUGGAGUUCUCAAAAAAUGGACCACAUUUUGAUUUGCUGUGUUUGUCUUGGAGAUAAUAGUGAAGAUGCAGAUGAAAUAAUUCAAUGUGACAAUUGUGGCAUUACAGUUCAUGAAGGUUGUUAUGGAGUUGAUGGGGAGAGUGACUCUAUUAUGAGUUCAGCUUCUGAAAACUCCACUGAGCCUUGGUUUUGUGACGCCUGUAAAUGUGGUGUGUCUCCCAGCUGUGAACUGUGUCCUAACCAGGAUGGAAUUUUCAAGGAGACCGAUGCUGGAAGAUGGGUCCACAUCGUUUGUGCCCUAUAUGUUCCUGGAGUUGCCUUUGGAGAUAUUGAUAAGUUAAGACCAGUAACACUAACAGAAAUGAACUAUUCUAAAUAUGGUGCCAAGGAAUGUAGCUUUUGUGAAGACCCUCGCUUUGCUAGAACUGGAGUUUGCAUUAGCUGUGACGCAGGCAUGUGCAGAGCCUAUUUUCAUGUUACCUGUGCCCAGAAGGAAGGCCUGCUUUCAGAGGCAGCAGCAGAAGAGGAUAUAGCAGAUCCAUUUUUUGCUUAUUGUAAGCAGCAUGCGGAUAGGUUAGACAGAAAGUGGAAAAGAAAAAACUACUUGGCUCUACAGUCUUAUUGUAAGAUGUCUUUGCAAGAGAGAGAAAAACAGCUGUCCCCUGAAGCACAGGCAAGAAUCAAUGCCCGACUACAACAAUAUCGUGCUAAGGCAGAGCUGGCUCGCUCUACCAGACCACAAGCCUGGGUUCCCAGGGAAAAGUUACCUAGGCCACUUACAAGUAGUGCUUCAGCCAUUCGUAAACUGAUGCGCAAAGCAGAGCUAAUGGGGAUCAGUACAGAUAUCUUUCCAGUGGACAACUCAGACACGAGUUCUAGUGUGGAUGGAAGGAGGAAGCAUAAGCAGCCGGCUCUCACUGCUGAUUUUGUGAAUUACUAUUUUGAGAGAAAUAUGCGCAUGAUUCAAAUUCAGGAAAAUAUGGCUGAACAAAAGAAUAUAAAGGAUAAAUUAGAGAAUGAGCAAGAAAAGCUUCAUGUAGAAUAUAAUAAGCUCUGUGAAUCUUUAGAGGAACUGCAAAAUCUGAAUGGGAAACUUCGAAGUGAAGGGCAAGGAAUAUGGGCCUUACUUGGUCGAAUUACAGGGCAGAAGUUGAAUGUACCGGCAAUCUUACGAGCACCUAAGGAAAGAAAACCAAGUAAAAAAGAAGGAGGCACACAAAAGACAUCUACUCUUCCUACAGUACUUUAUAGUUGUGGAAUUUGUAAGAAGAACCAUGAUCAGCAUCUCCUUUUACUAUGUGACACCUGUAAGCUGCAUUAUCAUCUUGGGUGCCUUGAUCCUCCUCUUACAAGGAUGCCGAGAAAGACUAAAAACAGUUAUUGGCAGUGCUCAGAGUGUGACCAGGCAGGGAGCAGUGACAUGGAAGCAGACAUGGCCAUGGAAACCUUGCCAGAUGGAACCAAACGAUCAAGGAGACAGAUUAAGGAGCCAGUGAAAUUUGUUCCACAGGAUGUGCCGCCAGAACCCAAGAAGAUUCCAAUAAGAAACACGAGAACCAGAGGACGAAAGCGAAGCUUUGUUCCUGAGGAAGAAAAACAUGAGGAAAGAGUUCCUAAAGAAAGAAGACAGAGGCAGUCUGUGUUGCAAAAGAAGCCCAAGGCUGAAGACUUAAGAACUGAAUGUGCUACCUGCAAAGGAACUGGAGAUAAUGAGAAUCUCGUCAGAUACCCUUCAUGAGACCCAACUCUGCCACAGCUCAUCCUCGGAGGCAAUCCCGGAAAUCUUUUAUAAGUGUGAUUUUUUUUUAAAUGUGGAUAAAACUCUCAAUAGAGUAUAUAAACUAAAGGAGAACAGCUAUCUUGUCCUUCCCAUAAGCUUAUCACUGCAAAAAGUGCUUUUGCUUGUCAAGUUUGGAUAGAAUGUAAUUGAUUGGUUUGUUAUAUGGGUAGACAAGGCAGUUAAUUUUUGCCUGUGUAGAUUUUUUUUCUUUUUCUCUUUCUAUUUUUUUCUUCUUUUCCCCCAUUCCUCUUUUUUUUUGUUGUUGUUGCUACAGUGAUCAGAAAUACUUGGUGGAUGCAUAUUAAAACAACAGUGGGUAAUGUCCUAUCAGAAUUGGUUUAGUGGGUAAAUGUCUUUCCCUCUUGCUUUGUUGGCUAAAGACAACAGUGUUUGGACUCACUGAAGACUAAAGGAAGCCAGUGGGACUUACUAGUCUCUGCUUGCCUGUUGAACAUUUAUCUCUCCCUUAUUUGUUUGUGAAAAGGACAGUGCUUUUCACUGACUACAAGUUUGUACCACCUUGUUUACUACAUGUAUUCACACAUGUAGUGAUAUUUGUGAUAUUCAGCAAAAGUGAAAGACUGCUGAAGAUUACAGCUUUUGUUUUUGAGUUCUGUGGAAGCAUUUGAUGUUAGCAUGGACACUUUAUAACUAGAAUUUAAGCUCAAGAAUACUUGUAGUAUUUGUAUUAGCCUAUAGGUUUUUAUUUCAGAAAUAUACAAAUUUAUUCGUUAUUGUUUUAUUUAAUACAAACUUUCUGUGUUCCAUAUAAUUUUACUUUUGAACGUACAUGUGAAGCUAUGAAAUAAGGGUGUUGCAGAGCUUGUUGAGUAUACAACCUGCCUGCUGAAAGAUCUUCACCAGCACCUUUGUCUUCCCAGAGGUUUACAGAGUUCACAUUGAUCGUCAAGCUUUGCAGAUCCAGUUUUAAGUCAACGACAGAAAUGCUUUGAAUAUUGCACCACUUAAUCCUGAACUGAUUUAGAAGAGACUGCUGUAAUUGAAAUCACAUAUACAUGUAAAUUGUUAAAAUAUCUCUGGAAAUUCCAUUGUUUAUCAUUGUGGAUUUGGAUCUUUUCAGGGGCUUUUGGAAUACUUUAAACUGUAGAAAUAGAAUAGACAAUGCUGUAGAUAGUACAUUCAAGUGUAUGUAUGUAACACUGGUAUCCCUAGUAAUCUGUAGUUAUAGGAACCAUAUGAUUGGAUAAAAUGUUUAGUAAAAUUAAAUGUGUAUUAAGUAAUAUAUAAAGGUACUGUUAAUUUAUUGAUAGAUUUCAUAGCACUGGAGAAAAUACUCAUAAUCCUUAGGAAAAGCAGUAUGUUUUCUUUAAGUGUAAGGAAGAACCAAUCACCAUUAUUUAAUAUAUGGAGAAGUUGAACUCCAGCAAAUUUUAAGAAAAAUGGCAAUGGCAGAUUACCAUUUGUGAAAUGAACUGUGCUUUAGACCAGUUGUCUUACCAUAAGGUAAGAAAACAUUAAUGGAUAUUUUUAAAUUUAGGGUUUCUGUUUUCCUCUAAUGGGUUUCUGUUUUAGUUCUGAGAAAUCCUAGGAUUUCUGGUUGAAGAGGCAGUGUUAACCAAAAGCCCUUCCACAGUGCUUAUAAUUAGAACAGUCUAAUUAUUAUUCUUCCAUCAUUUAGUUUUUAGUGGUAGAUUAUGCUUUUCCAAGUUCGAGAAAAGAUCCAUGUUACAGAUAUAAAUUGCACAGUUCCUAUAUGAUAAAUUCUUAAAAGUCAUAAUCUUCAAGAGAACAGAAUAAAACAUAUUCUUUUCAUAAUCUCCUAAAUGAAGUGCAAAAUUAACUUUUGCCAAUUAUUGGUCUUUUGAUGUUAAAAAGGAAAAUUAAUGUUUAUCUAAGAAAAUAUUUCUAAGGAAUGUAUAUCUUAUAAAUCUAUAUAUAAGAGAAUGGCAGGUCAGGAAUUUGACAGUUAUUUACCACAGCAUAGGAAUUGGAAAAAAUAUUACAAUAUCAGUAAGGGACUGAUAUUUUUAAGGGAUAUGCCAAAGUGCCAUAUAAGCAUGAGAACUUAGUACUAAUGUGAAAAGCUGGCACAGGCUUGUAAUCCCAGUAAUGGGGUACAGAGACAGAAAGAUCUUUGUGGUUGACUGGUCAGCCACCUUCCAGAUUUGACAAAUACCAGGCCAAUGAGAGACCCUAUAUAAAAAAACACGUAAUACGUAAUUUCUGAAGCAGAAUGGCAGACCAACACAUACACACACACACACACACACGAAUGUUAUUUCCCCUAACACAUACAUAAUAUUUGGAAGGAAAGUAAAUGCCUCUAAAAUACAACAUGGAUGAGAUGGUAGUGAAACAUCAGAGUCACGGGCAGAUUUCUUUUUUAAUCUUAAUUUUUAUUUUUUUUCUUCACAAUUUAUUCAUUAUGUAUCCUGAUUGAAACCCUUUCCCUCAUCCCCUCCAGGCCUACUCCCGUCCCACCUCCCCCAUCCCAUUCCCCUAGUCCACUGAAAGGGAAAGUUCUCCACCAUUGCCAUCUGCACAUAGCUUUUCAAGUCUCAUCAGGACUGCCUGAUCCUCUUCUUUGGUGGCCUGGCAAGGCUGCAUCAUUUUAAUUUUAUUUUAUUAUUCUAUUUUAUUUUAUUUGAGAUUCAGUUGACUGUCAUCUUCUCUUUGUCCUCCUGACCACCAAAUGUGCUGUCCCUGACUAUCUGAAGUUUCUAAUUCUGUAGAUCUGUCAUAAAACCCAAAAAUCUGAAUUUGUAACAGUUUCCAAAUAACGUUGAUUUAACUGGUGAGGAACAUUACUUUGAGAACCAUUCAUAAAUGGUUAUUUGCUUAAAAAUGAUCAUGUAUCUAUUCAUAUUGAGUAAUAAUGAGUGUGGGUUUAGUGUCUUUAAGAGGCACUUAGAUUUCUCAGAAUAUUUCUUUCCAGAUAGAGGGUUUGUAGAGACCCUCUUCUGAAACCAAUAAAAUACCACUUCCGCAAUUUUAAAAAAUUCAGUUAAACAUUUAUUUCACAAAUCUAGCAAUACUGCUUGUCCAAAAUGUCACAGUUCUUUUGUCAAAAAAGGUUACGGUUGUGUAUGAUGUGAAAACAAUAUUUAGCCUGAGCCUGAGUUUUUUAGGUAUGCAUGCAUUACUCAUAUAUAACUACUUUGUGUUUCUUGAAUGUUUAUCUGAUAUCAUGUGUCAUGAAAAUAGAUUUCUGACAAAUAAUAUUCAUAUUUGUUACCUUACUUCCCUAUUUAUGCAUCCUGGUUCUUAGUGAAAAACUUUAAUAAGCACUCAAGGUUCCAUAUAUUAAACACAUACACACACACAUACACACACCGCUACCUCAUCAGUAUGUUUUUACUUGACUCACAAUAUGGAAAUAUUUCACCAAAAUCUGUUUAAAAAUUUAGAAGGACUUUGCAACAGAUUAGACCAUUAACAUUUUAAAAACAUUUUUAGUUUUCUUAUUUUUUUUUUGACCAUUGAAACCUGUUUAAGAGAAUUACUUAAUAUACAUGAAAGCAUAUGAAGGCAGAAUUUAUCUAUAUCUGCCUGAGGCAUCGUGCUAUAAAUUUAGAUAGCAGUAAGGAAUGUGAACUGAGACAGGAUAUUCAAGUGGUUCCUUAUAGGGGGAAAAAAAGUAUGCUUCCUUCCUGUAGUGAUCACCUCAAGGUGCUCCUUAGGCCUGCCAGUAAGAUUGACUGCUGUUCAGGUACAUAAGAUGUGAUGAACUUUUAAUGUUCAUGCUGGGUUUGGUAAAUAAAAUGAGAUUGACCGCCUAUCCAUUACCUUGCUUAUCUGAUUUACAUUAUAAAAUCAGGAUCUACACUAUUAAUUGGAGAAUAAUUAGUUAAUUAUGAACGGGGUAAUGCAAAGUUAUGUGGAGCUUGAACACAGCAGGUUGUAGUGCUAAAAAAUUUCCAAGGGCUUGAGCAGAUGGAGAUCAGUUUAUUAAAGAACAAAGCAGACGUGUUUCAGGUAUGGAAAUGUCUAAUCAGUCUCUCAUGCUGUGAAAAGAGACUUGACCUUAUUGUGUAUUUUCAUAUGAAUUGCCUCUUUUCAUGUUCUGCUUUUUGUUUUGUUUUGGUUUUCCAUUUCACUUUUAAAGUUGCAAGCUGGCUGUUGCAGAUGUAGAUAAUGAAUUGAUUCCACUCUUUUAUUGGGCUUGGAUUUGGCUUUUCCAAAGUGUUUCAGUUUAUCUACAGUCACCUGUAAUGAAGAAUUUUAGACUUUUCAUCACUCAUUCACUAUGAGAGAAAUUCCAAGUAGCAUUAAUGAAAUAGGUUCACAGGUUCCACAUUGGUUCAAUAUUUGUGAAAUAUGGUUUAAAACAAGUUUUUAAUUAAUUUGUAUAGAAAAUGCUCACGGAGGUGACUUGUACUAAAAUUGUUAAAUGUUACAAGGAUGAAAAUAUUUUACUUAUAGGUAUUAUAUACCAUUGAUAGAAUGUGGAGUUUUAUGACAGUUCAUAUUACUUAAAAUUUUAAGGAGCCUCACUAUGUAUUUAUUCUAUCUAUUAAGACAUUUAGUUGAAAUGAUUGGUUACUGUUCACUGAAAAAACUUAUCAGUGUUAGCUGCUAAAAUUGUGUUUGAAUUGCUAUUAAGGUUUGUUUUAAGCAGUGUUAAUAUUCAGGAAUAAUCCAGCCUUUCAGUUCUGAUGCUCAAGUUUCUAAGUGAACAAUGUAAUGUUCUGUAGUUUCAGAGACAGUGUUUUAAUUAGCACUGUACAGACUUGGAGGGAAUGCUGAGUAUGGUGUGCUAUUAAGGUAACAAAAUAUCUACAGUUAUCAAGACUGUUGUGAUUGUAAAAUAGUACAUCCCUUUAAAAGUUGGAGCCACAGAUUUUGCUUCUUAUUAAAGGCCGGUUUGUCAUGUGGUCAUAAAUUACUUGCCUAAGAGGUGCACUUACUUAUUUCAGCUAGAUUUUUAAAUAGUGAUUAGCAUCUGCCAUAAAUGAACUUAUUAAUUGGAAGUUAAGAAAGCUAAAAAUAAAAACCUUUGGAAUAGUGGUCCUCAACCUUCCUAGUCCUGCAGCCCUUCUGUACAGUUCCUCACAUUGUUGUGAUUACCAACCAUAAAAUUAUUUCUGUUGUUCCUUCAUAACUGUAGUUUUUCUAGUGUUAGGAAUUGUGAUGUAAAUACCUGUGUUUUCUGAUGGUCUUAGGUGACCCCUAUGAAAAGGUCAUUCAACCCUCAAACGGGUCAUUACCCACAGUUUGAGAACCGCUGCUUUAGCACCUUGACUAGCUUGCCUUUAAGCACAAGAGAAAAUCAAUCAGAUAUUUUUGCCUGUUUCCACAUUGUGAGUAGUCAGUCUACCCCAGCGUAAUGUGUGGAUCAGAGCACAUAGAAAGAUCAAUCAUUUUCUCUUUGUCUAGGGUGCUAUACCUAAUCAUAUUGCUAAGUAUUUUAAUACAAAUAGAAUUGUGCUUAUUUAGUCUCUAAGUUUUGAUAAAUCAAUAUGUAAAAUGCCAUAUAGAGCUUCUAUGUCAUUUGUAUCUGUAUCAAACAAUACAGUAUGUAGGAAGUUGUGUUUGAUAGGUACUUAAUUGAUUAGCUUUUGUUUUCCAUUAUAAUUGGGGUUUGUUUUAUUUCACUAGACUGUAAAUUUUAGGAUUCUUUAUAGUCUAAUGUGCACAAUAUUUAUUAGAUACUUUAAACAUACUUCUUUAAAUAUCAAGUUUAAGUUUUAUUUUAAAAUAUAUUCUUCAUAUGCUAGUUUUAUAUUCUUUUUUAUGGUUAAGUUAUUGCCUUCUUUUUAUUAUAAUGUGCAAAUGGUAUAAUAAUGUUUUUAUUCACAUACAUAUUUGUUUUGUUUAAUAAAGUAUGUUGUGUUAUAUCACAGUACUUUUGUGGGUCAGUGACUUCUUUUGAAAACUUAAACAUUUUGUUCACUGUUUUGACAGCUAAAUAUGUUAUUGUUUUGCUGCAGUUAAAAUGUUUUCAAGUACUUACUAGAAAUAGAAACUAAGUAAAAUUCAUCAGUAACUGUUUUUACUCUAGUAUAGUUUUCAGGGUAUAGCCUUAUAUAAGACAUAGUUUUUGAGUUUUGAAAAUGUUUCAAUUUUCUAUAUAACCAAAAUUUGCUAGUUAUUAAUCUUUAAUAAAAAUUUCACAGUGAUAUGUAUGCAUGUGAUAUACAGUCUACUAUUUUAAUCUUUUUGAGGGGAUUAAUGCUAUCUCUUAAAUUUGUCAGUGGACUUAGUUAAUACAAAUUCUUACAAAUUCUGCUAGAUUUCCUCUCGACCAUUUAAGAUGUAAUUGUUACCAGCACCUAAAAUUACAACUUUGUUUCAAUUUAACAGAAUUUAUGAUAUUUUUCUAUAUAAAAAUAACUUGUACAAGUCAUUUGAAUAUCUUAUCUUUAUUUCUUUGGUAAACUUACUGACUUCAAAUGGGGUAUUUCUUUCUGUGUUUUUCUUUCUCUCUCUUGGAUUUUGGUGGUUGCUAGGGUAGAGACCACCGCUUUAUGGUAUUUAAACAUGGAGUUGCAGCUUUUACUUACUGGUGAGUAAGCAAGGAACUUAGAGAACUAUCCUAAGACCCCAGUGUCUGCCAUCAUGAGAAAGACGUCCUGAAAUGUGUCCUGAUGAAGGUAUCAGGAAGAAUUAGGUCAUCUCAAAAGAGCAAAUGCCUCACAGCUUCUUCUGAAAGAGCAACCAAUACCAGAACAGGUAUUGGAUCAUUUACAAUUUUUAAUAUAUUUUAGAUGCUUCAUUUCAAACAAUGUCAGUUUACAUAGUCUUAAUAGUUUUGGUGGUCUAAUUUCUGUAUAAGGAAGUUUCUUUAAGAUAAUUAUGGUUAUAAAACUACAGAUAAUGUUAGGAAGCAAUGACUUGUAUUUUAAAAUAAGUAAGAAUCCUAAAGACCUGAAAAAUCAGACAAAACAGAAGAUAAAUGGUGUUUUAAGUACAGAAACUUGACAGAGUAAUGUAGUACCAACUGUAGUUCAAAUGACAAUCCUAGAGUUAAAAAAAAAGCAGAGAAAAUGUUAUUUUAUGUAUUGCUCCUGAUGAACCAAAUUCUUUAUAAAUUUUCUAUCAAGGAUUAUUGACAUAUUAUAGUCCCUGUACUUAUAGCAUUGUUUCUUUCCUAACUAGAACUCCGGACUUUCUCAUCAACUUAGAAACACUCAUACUUCAAAAGUUUCUGUACCCCAGUUUCUAGUGUAAUUGAAAUUUUAGCUACUGAAAGGUAAAUUAGUGUAACUGAGAAAGGAAGACCCUGAAUUCUGUGGUCUUACUAUAUGAUAUACAUAAUCUACAUUUGAUAUUGGCUAUAUAAUCUUAUUUUUAAAUGCCAGAGGAACAGUUACUUGAAUAUUUAAAAAUUUUAAGACAUUUUUGGAUGCUUCAUUUCAAACAGUGUUAUAGUGUAUAACAUUUAUUAGUUCUGUUUUAUUUUAUUCACUUCUGUGAUAGGAAUUACAGUAGAUAUAUAAUUCACUUCUUGAGUCUCAAAGGUUUGAGAACUGUUCAUUCACUUAUUUCAUUGAUAAGAAAUGAGUUGUAAAGAAAUAAUGAGUAAGCCAUGGCAGGUAACUGUCUCACAUUUGCUUGUGUCUGGAUAACGUGGCUCUUGAAUUCAGAAAUGGCUCCUUGAAAGGCAAGGUUUUUAUAGCAUGGUAAGAAAUUUUUACCAAAAAUACAGAUUAUGGAGGGUUUUUUUUUUGUUGUUGCUGUGAUCAUUUUUUAAAGUUAGGUUUUUUUUUUUUUCAUUCUGUGGCAUAUGCAUAAGAAUAGUUCCUUUCUGUAUUUUUCUCAGUGGUAACUGAAUAGGAAUUUUGUGUUGUGCUCAAGCAAUCUAUUUAAUAAAUUCUUUCUUUGGUGUUGUAGUUGUAAGUUAAUUGACUUUUGACACUGUAAACAAGUGAGAAAUGAGCAGUAAAUAAAAUCUGGUUAAAAACUAUACCUUUUCAAUUUAAAGCACACACACACACACACACACACAAAUAAAAAAUAAAACCCAUUUUCUAAAAUACAUAGUUCUUUCUAUUAGUUGCUAAAUUUUGGUCUUGUUAUUCCAGUUGAUGUAAAAUUAUUUUUAAGCACUGAAAUAAUACAGAUUUUUCUUCAUUGUCAGCAGGAUGAGAUUGUCUGAAGCGAAGAAUAGGUAUGGUAGUUUUCUUAGAUUAUGUACAUCAUAUGAGGCGAGACACUAUCAAAACAUCUGCUAAGUGUAAAAAUAUUCUCAGAAGUACUUGAAACACCAAGUCCACUGGGAGAAAGUAAUGAGAGUAAUAUUUAAUCCUUUAAGUGGUUUCUUCUUAUAGAUUUAAAUAUACAUAAAAAGAUUGUAUAUGCUGUGGCUUGUGUUAGCAUGUUAUAAAUGUUAGGAAGUUCAUUUACAGUAUACUUUAACUUGGAAAAUACAAAAAUGAAGUAUAAAUUAUAUGGCAGUAAUUAUAGCUUAGACUUCUGUAAACUGUUUACUGGAUAAGUAAUUAAUUCUAUUAGUUCAAAAUUGAAUUUUUAUUAAUUUUUGCAUAUAUAAUUAUACAUAUAUUCAUUCAUAUAUUAGCAUUUGUAUACCAUUAACAUUUUUUAUUAUCAGAAUGUUCUGAAUGACAGUUUUCUUGCAAAUUUUAUUAUUGUUUCAUUUUUCUUCUACUUUAUUUACUUCAGAUUUAGAUCACCUUUACUAUAAAUGUUAAUUUCAAAAUCUCUUGAGCAAAGGUUAGAAUUAAGUGUUAAAGUUGUAAUGUGUAACACUUUGUCCUUUUGUCUUUGAAAAAAAUAGUUUCAAUAUUUAGAUACACUGUG